AGUCCGAACAUAUAAAGGCGAGCUGUGAACGAGAAAACUGGCAGAUAAGGACCUGAUUUAUUUUGUGGGAGCAGCAACAGUAGCGCUAAGUGCAGAAUGGCUGAGAGUAUGUUCUUAAUUUGGGGCUCCGGUUCCCCACCCUGCUGGAGGGUCAUGAUCGCCUUGGAAGAGAAGAAAUUGCAGGGAUACAAGAGGCAGUUGCUGUCUUUUGAAAAGAUGGAUCAUAAAUCGUCCGAAGUUUUGGCAGUGAACCCAAGGGGCCAGUUGCCGUGUUUCCGCCAUGGGGACACUAUUUUGAAUGAAUCUUUUGGAGUCUGUCUGUACUUGGAGAACCAGUUCAAGUCCCAAGGUACCCAGCUGAUUCCAGACACUGGGAAUGAACAGGCGCUUGUUUAUCAGAGAAUGCACGAGGUCCUGACCCUGCAGGAAAAACUGGCUGUUGUGACCUUCUAUGACUGGAAAUUUCCAGAAAAUGAGCGUCAUGAUUCUGCUGUGGAGAGGAACAAAAAGGCACUGAAGGAAGAGUUGAUGCUAUGGGAACGAUACCUUGAAAAGCUGGGUCCUGGCUCCUAUAUCGCUGGGAAGAACUUCACAAUGGCAGAUGUAAUGCUGUUCCCACAAGUAGCCUUUGCUGUUCGCUUUGGAUUAUCAACAGACAAAUAUCCCAAACUGAUGGAAUACUACAUGAAAGUGAAAGAGCGGCCAAGCAUUCAGGCUUCCUGGCCUCCCCAUUGGAAGGAGAGUCCUCCAACCAUGGAUGUUUUGAAAGAUGUCUGAAUUCUGUAGAAUUUUGAAUUCCUCACUCCUAAAUCCCAUAUGCAGUUUGUUGGCCUUGGCAUUUUUGUAUCAAAUGUUGCAGGCACUGCAUAAAGAUGAGGUUAUCACACUGAAAUCUGUUGCAUUAAAACUUAUUAAAAUUACAGUGACAGAUGUU